UCGUGUCAUCGUGAUGUUAUACCUGGCCAGAUCACGUGCAAUACACUAGUAAGAAUUGAAGCCCACUGGGACUGAGUUGAAUCCACUCUCUGCACAUGCGACCUCGGGUUUUCUUCGACUUUGCAAUAGGCACUGAGCCUGCCGGGCGAGUUAUUUUCGAACUGUACAAUGAUACAGCUCCAAAGACAGCUGAAAACUUCCGAGCACUAUGUACUGGCGAGAAAGGUCUUUCCGCUGUUUCCGAACGGCCUCUAUACUAUAAGAACAGCAUCAUCCACCGUUCAAUCCGUGAUUUCAUGAUUCAAGGCGGAGACUUCACGAAACGAAACGGCACUGGAGGCGAAUCUAUUUACAGCAGCGUUUUCCCUGACGAAGACCUGACGCGUCCUUUGGAAUCAGAAGGCCUCCUUUGUAUGGCAAACAAGGGGCCUAACACCAACGGAUCACAAUUCUUCAUUACCCUGCGAGAUUGUCCGCAUUUAAACGGAAAGCAUGUAGUGUUUGGCCGGGUGAUUCGCGGAUAUGACGAAGUUGUGAAGAAACUUGCUGUGGUUCCUGUAGAUGAGAAGGAUAGACCUCAGCACCCUAUCGUUAUUGUUAACUGCGGUGAACUUGAACUGAAGAGGAAGGCGGAGGCGCCACCAGACAAAGAAUUAAAUGCAGAAAUUCCUAGUCGAAGACGCCGUAGCAGUCGUUCUCGUUCACAAAGUUUAGAUCAUGAUCGAACCCCUGAAAAGAAGAAGAAGAAGUCCAAGCGCCGCAAACAUGAAAGCAAUGGAGAUGGAAAUACUGACGAUGAGGUUCGCAAUGAUGACGACGAGAAGGUUCCCAAGCAAGAAACCGAAGAGGAGUAUGACGCCAGACUUGAGAGGGAGGAGCAGGAACGGUUAGAAGAGGCUAAACGAAGGGAACUGGAACGGAUCAAGCGCAAAUACGAGUCUACGCCGCCUGCAACUGAAGGAGGUGUGCGAUUUAAAGGACGAGGACGAAUGAAGUUCAUCGACCCCGAACUUCACCACCGACGAUAGAAGAGCUCAUGUUCAUAUUAAUGUCCUAUAGUUUGUUACACCGUGCUCAUCAAAAUCACCCACAAU